AUGGCGGAUACAGACACCGAGACGCUGCCAAACGGCAACGCCACACUUUCAGCGGAAGAAGAAGAGAGAUUGAAGCAGAGGCCAGCUGAUAUUGACGCUGAUGUUCGCGAAAUGGAGCGCCGGAAGCGUGUCGAAGCCCUUAUGUCUUCGAGGCUGUUCCGGGAAGAACUGGAACGAGUGUUGGACCAGCAGAUGCAUGAGGGGAACGAUGCGCCUUUGCUGCAACGCAUCAGGGAGAUGGUUGGGGGCAGACUGCAUACUGGGAGUUUGAGAGGCCCGAGCUGUGUGCUUCCCAUAAAUGAUAUUCGUGGUAUCGAAGGUGUGGGUUACGAGAAGGGAGAGAAGAUACUGCGUUGCAAGCUGGCUGCCGUCUACCGCCUUGUUGAUUUGUUUGGAUGGACGCAGACUGGUUUCACGGGCCAGAUAACAGCUCGGCUGAAUACGGCGGUAGAACAAGUACUGACCACGCCCCGCGGUCUGCUACCGCAUGAGGUGACCGCGUCAUCUCUGGUCAAAGUGGAUAUGCAGGGGACUGUAGUCGACCAGGGGACAACCAAUUUCCCUGUUAAUGUUGAGGGUUUCUCCCUUCAUGCAAGCGUGCACGCAGCUCGUCCGGAUAUCCGGUGCGUGCUACACUUGCGUUCGCCGUCAGCUCUCGCUAUAUCUUCCACGAAGCGAGGUCUUCUCGCACUCUGCUCCGAGGCUGCCACACUUGGCAUCUUGGCCUACCAUCGAGUGCCAUUGGGUGUCCUAGAUAACGAAGAGUGUGAUAAACUUGUAAGAGCCCUCGGACCGCACUCCAAAGUGCUGAUGCUCAGCUGUGGAGGUGCCUUAUGCUGUGGAGCCACCUUGGAAGAGGCGUUUUACCAAGCAAAGAACUUGAAUACAGCAUGUGAGGUCCAAUUGCGUCUGGCAACACUACCGCUGGACGAGUUGAAUGUGUUUGACGAAGAGACAGCGAAGCAGAUCUACGAUUCCACCCACAAACCACCAGCUGAUGAGAAGAAAUGGCGUGUUGGUGGAGAAGAAUUUGAAGCUUUGAUGCGAAUGCUGGACAAUGCUGGUUUCCGUACAGGGUACAUCUAUAGACAUCCUCUUGUUAAGAACGACGUGCCCAAACCGAAGAACGACGUAGAAGUACCACCGGCUGUCUCAUCUCUGGGAUAUCUUCUAGAAGAGGAAGAGUUGUACAAGCAAGGGAUAUGGAAGAAGGGCGGCAAGACAGGUGAACGCACCCGCUGGCUGAACUCGCCGAACGUGUACCAGAAGGUGGAAGUCCUAGAGACAGGAACCACUGAUCCCAAGAAGAUCACCAAGUGGGUCGACGCUAACAACGAAGAGUGGGUGCAAGAUGGCUCUCCUGCGCACUCGGGUACACCUGUCAAAAUCGACACACUACAAUUUGUGCCUAAAAACACAAAUCCCAAGGAGUUUAAGCAGUUGCAGCAGCAGAUUAAAGAAAAUCGACGCGCUGACAAGAUCAGUGCAGGACCGCAGUCGCAUAUUUUGGAAGGAGUGACAUGGGAUGAAGCCGCCAAGAUGGUUGGUGAAGAUGCUGCAAACACGCAUACUGGAGAUCAUGUUGUGCUCAUGGGCGCAGCAUCGAAGGGUAUCAUUCAGCGGGGCUACCAACACAAUGCAACUGUGUACAGCGCACCAUACGCCCGUAAUCCAUUCGAUCAUGUAACCGACACCGAAAUUGAUGAGUACCGACGCAUUGUUGAGCGCAAGCAGCGUAGCGAGUAUGACACUGACUUAUCCGAGUCGGAGGCGAUAAGCGCCGCUCAAAUCACUUCGCCGGCCAGUGCUCCCUCUGAAACUGAAGAAGAAUCGCGAGAUGAGCAUCGUGUCCUCAGAAUAGAGACGAAACAAGCUCCAGUGAGGAGCCAACCUGAAGUGGUAUUGAGUGAUGUUGAUACAACCGAUUUCUUGGCUGCCGAACGCGACCACGCCGAUAGGACUAGAGAUUCGAACCUGCUCUCUGAUGAUGAGGUCUUCUUGGAUUCGUCUUCCAUUCCGUCUGGUGUUACUUCCCCAAGUAUCCCAGAAACAUCGAUUAUUCCCGAACACGUGAUUGUUCGUACACAGUACGCUGCCGUUCAGCAGACUGUGAAAGGUACAAAGCUAUCACCGCACGGCGCUCACAAACGCACUCUUCACAGCUUUCCCCGAAGUCCUAAUUUUAACCAUAUUGUACAAAAAUACGAAGGACCAAAAUGUAAACUAAAUCUUAACCAAAAAUUAACAGGUGCUGAUACUAUAGCCGUGUAUAAAGACACUGUCAGUUGUUCUAGUACAUUUUCUUUACAAUCCCUAGAUUCGUUUCCUAAAUAUCAUAUGCGUACUAGGUCUUUGCCAAGAAAACUAAAAAAUGAAUUCACAUCUGUCUACAGAACAAGGUCCCAUGGCGCGUUCGUUAACUCAUACAUGAACAAUCCUGAACCCGAACACUUCCAUGUACCAAAAUGUGACAGCUGCGGCUCCAUAAAUAAUACAUAUGCAUGGGAAAUGCGCAAAAUUGACCCAAGAUAUAAACAAUACGGGUCAUUAUAUUAUUCUAUUGAUAACUUAGCAAACGGCGUCGAAGAACUUACGUUCGACUCAAAACCAAACAUUACUAAAACAUGUGAUGAGGUACCAAGACUUGAUUUGAAAUGUGAAGAGGAAUUCGUUGAGAGUCAAGAAUUUAAUGAAGAUAACUAUUUCGAUGAUGUAACCAACUGCUUAUCUCAAAAUGACAUAGAAACAACUGAAGUUCAACGAACUGAGGACGCAAAAACUGAGGGUAUUUUCAGAGCCGAAUAUGUGACAGUUCAAACACAGACUGACUUCAGUUAUAACACACUUGACUCCGAAGGUGAAUACCACAGCUUUACAGAGGAUAUGUUAGAAGAUAUUGAUGCUGUUGUAUAUGAAAGUCCAGUUAAAAAUCUCGUCGACAAAGAUAUAAGAGAUUAUUCAGUACCAAUUAACUUCUACUGCGAAGAAUAUGGUAAGAAAGACAGCCCAAGAGUUUCUCCGUUAAAAAAGAAAGAAGCUCCUAAAAAUAAUAUAUUAGAACCUAUUUUGGAGGAAUCCAAAAGUUAUGAAGAAUCAACCAGUGACAGCAAUAAAACACAACACUCCGAAACAGAUUUAACCGACCCAAAGAUUGUACCAAAAAACGAAGAAAUAGAUACACAUUCUUUUUUUGAUGAUUUUAAACGACCGAAAGAACCACCUAAACGCGAAUCCUUACUGCAAAAUGAUGCAAGAUCUAGUUGUGGAAUGAGUACCAUAUCACUCACUAGUUUCGAUUCUACAGCUGAAUUUGAAAAAUUGGAAGCAGUUACAGAAGUAAUAGAUUUAAUCUUGAGUAAGAUAAAUUUUGAUGUUUAUCGUAAUGAAAAUCUAUUUGCGAAAAGCAUUCAAGACACAAACAAUGAACCGAAUGAGUUAUUUUCUAUAACUGAUAUUAUUAGUGAUAUCGAAAAUAAUGUUCUAGAUUAUACACCUGUUGAUAUUUCCGACUCUUUCAUUACUGAUUCGUUAAAAGUAGCUGAAGCAGUUUUGUAUUAUAUUUUUAAUAGAGCUGUGUGUUCGAGUCAUAGCCGGAAAUCAAAGCAGAUAACUAAAACAGUUAUAACAAUUGUUGAUGUUGAAGAUAUUUUGCUAACAACAUCGCGGGAGUGGAUGGGGAUUUUUCAUGAUUUCACUUUCAUUGAAAGAGAUGUAAUAGAAGAUAAACGUGAUACUAAUAACAAAGACAUAAAACCGUUCGACAAUAAGUCUGAAGAAGUAUAUAUACAUAAUAUGAGUCACGGUGUACCUCUGUAUUUAGACAACAUAGGCUCAAAUACAUCUGACAGCAAUGAAGAUUUACCCUUUUAUGGAAAUGACAGUGACGUUCCUGAUUGUCCACCAGACGCAACACCUAAAAGUGAAAAUAAUGAAAACUCUGAUAACGAUGAAUUCAAUUUGAAUGUUAGCCAUAAUUUCGAGGAAUCAUCAGAUACAAUAUGUGAUUUUCUAGAAAAAUCAAUACCAACCACUCCACAUCUUAAAGAGGAUGUGAAUGAAACGUUUGUUAUUCAGGAUAAAAUGAAUGAAGCAUUUGUGGAUUCGCGAUUCAGUCAUUCAUCAACUCCACAGAGAGUUGUUUUCGAAUGUCCCGAAUCGCCUAUAAAUACGUGUCAGUAUGAAAGAGAUGAUUCAAUACUUUCUCCGUUCUUAAAGAAGACCCAAGUACUCUCAAUGUCCCAGACAGAGCACCGAGGCGGUAUAAAAUAUUGGGUGUCUUUCUCCGAUGAUAUAGAAACGGAAAGAGAUGGUAGGUCAUUAAAAAAAUUCAACGACGAUUCGAUACCUAGCUAUUACGUCGUCGACUUUGAAGAGAAAGAUAAUGGCAAAGUGCUAGAAAGGAAUGAUUUCUCCAACGAGACAUUUUCUAAAUAUGAAAGCUGUGAGUCCGAGAUACUAGAAGGAAAGUUGAUUUACGAUUUACGAGAAAAACGCCGAAUGGCAAGAAGUUGGCCACCGUCUGAUGAAUCAUUGUUUUAUAGAAUUCUAUCCAAUUUUAGAAUGUCCCAGAGUUUUGAAUUAAGCGAUCUUAAUUAUUCUAAAUUUGAAAAUAGUUUGUAA